AUGUCAGUCAACCACAUUUCCAGCCCCGCCGAGUUCCAGUCGCUCCUCGACAAGACCAUGUACGUCGUGACGGACUUCUACGCAGACUGGUGUGGGCCAUGCAAAGCGAUAGCCCCCAUGUACGAGCAGUUCGCAAAGGCCUCGACAGUACCCGGCUACCUCGCCUUCGCCAAGGUCAACGUAGACAACGUCCAACAGGUCGCGGUGCAAUACGGCGUCUCCGCCAUGCCUACCUUCAUGUUCUUCAAGAAUGGGAAGCAGGUCGCAGUCAACGGGCAGUCGCUGAUACGAGGCGCGGACGUGAACAGCCUGAAGGCGGCCACGGAAAAGCUGGACAAGUUGGCAAGGGACAAGCAGGCUGCCGGAGUCAAGGUUGGAGAGUAA